AUACAUAUUUGAUCACACCCACCUUUGAACAUCUUGCAAGUAAUGUAACAAUGUGUGCAGUUACACUAGCAACAGAGGCACACGUCUACUGGUAGAAUGGUUUGACGUUGGACUGAUGACGUCUUGAGGCUGAGAUAAAAUGGAACUCACAUCUCCAAAGGAUGGAGUGCUGCUCAAUAACAAGAUGAAGCUCCCAGCACUUUCUCACAUGAUUUUGUGAUGCAGAAAGGAAGGGAAAGCAAGUCUACCUUGGUCUAUAUUGCCUCAGAAGUGCGUUCAGGAUGCAGUUUUGAAUUUCAGUCGCUCCAUAAGCUGGUACUGACAACAGAGAGGUAACAUAUUGUUCAUUCUCGGCUGGGGGUAACUUGGGAGCGGGUGAAGGAUGGCUGUCGCUAAGCUCACGCCGUCUCCCUCGGAGAUAGACCCAGACGUCAAGACCGAGGCGACGAAAACACCGGAGGAGCCGACUUGGGUCAACCCGUCGAAGCCGAUACGGACGAUGGGCUCUUUUGGGAGUGAUGCUGGGCAAAGGUAUCAGGAGGAGUACAGUAUGGACUCUACCAACGCCCAGGUGCAGGUGGAGUUCUAUGUGAAUGAAAACACCUUUAAGGAGAGGCUCAAGCUGUUCUUCAUCAAAAACCAAAGGUCAAGCCUGAGGAUCCGUCUGUUUAACUUCUCCUUGAAGCUGUUGACGUGUGCCCUUUAUGUCAUCAGAGUGGCUCUGGACGACCCUGAACAGGUCACUGGAGUAUGUGUCAACUGUCAGAAUAGAACGAGCACAGCCACAGCAGAAUCCACAGAAAUCACAGAAAUCAACUGGGAUUUGAUUUUCUGGGUGAACAGAAGGGUUCCUGUCUGGGCGAUACAGGUGACCGUGGCCUUAAUCAGUUUCCUGGAGGCUAUGCUCCUCACAUAUCUCAGCUACAAGGGGAAUAUCUGGGAGCAGAUGUUCCAGAUCUCCUUCAUCCUGGAGAUGAUCAAUACCGUGCCAUUUAUAAUUACUAUCUUCUGGCCUCCAUUGAGAAACAUCUUCAUCCCAGUGUUUCUCAACUGUUGGUUAGCCAAGUGUGCCCUGGAGAAUAUGAUUAACGAUCUCCAUCGUGCCAUCCAGAGGACCCACUCUGCCAUGUUCAACCAGGUCCUCAUACUUAUCUGCACCCUUCUCUGUCUGGUCUUCACCGGGGCGUGUGGUAUCCAGCAUCUAGAGAGGGCCGGGAAGAACCUGACUCUGUUCAACUCUCUGUAUUUCUGCAUCGUCACCUUCUCUACGGUGGGCUAUGGUGACGUCACACCUCAUAUCUGGCCUUCUCAGCUGCUGGUGGUCAUUCUGAUCUGUGUGGCCCUAGUGGUGCUCCCGCUACAGUUUGAGGAGCUGGCCUAUCUGUGGAUGGAGCGUCAGAAGUCAGGAGGGAACUACAGCAGACACCGGGCACAGACAGAGAAACAUGCGGUCCUGUGUGUCAGCUCUCUGAAGAUAGACUUACUCAUGGACUUCCUCAACGAGUUCUACGCUCAUCCUAGAUUACAGGACUACUAUGUGGUGAUCCUAUGCCCUACGGAGAUGGACAUCCAGGUGCGUCGUAUCCUCCAGAUCCCCCUGUGGUCCCAGAGGGUCAUCUAUCUCCAGGGCUCAGCGCUCAAAGACACAGACCUCAUGAGGGCCAAGAUGGAUGAUGCAGAAGCCUGUUUUAUCCUGAGCAGUAGGAAUGAGGUGGACCGCACUGCUGCUGACCACCAGACCAUACUGAGAGCCUGGGCUGUGAAGGACUUUGCCCCAAACUGCCCACUGUACGUGCAGAUCCUCAAACCAGAGAACAAAUUCCAUGUAAAGUUUGCUGAUCAUGUGGUCUGUGAGGAGGAAUUCAAGUAUGCCAUGCUGGCUCUGAACUGUGUAUGUCCAGCCACAUCCACGCUGGUCACACUCCUAGUGCACACCUCCAGAGGACAGGAGGGCCAGCUGUCUCCAGAGCAGUGGCAGAGGACAUAUGGACGUUGCUCUGGGAACGAGGUCUACCACAUUCGCCUGUGUGACAGCAAGUUCUUCGGGGAGUACGACGGGAAGAGUUUCACCUAUGCCUCCUUCCACGCACACAAAAAGUACGGUGUGUGUCUGAUCGGGGUGAAGAGGGAAGACAACAAGAGCAUCCUGCUGAACCCAGGUCCUCGCCACAUCAUGGCCGCCCCAGACACCUGCUACUACAUCAACAUCACCAAGGAAGAGAACUCCGCCUUCAUCUUCAAACAGGAGGAGAAGGACAAGAAGGGCCUGCCGGUGGCCGGGCUGUACGACGCCCCCUCCAGGCUGCCUGUACACAGCAUCAUCGCCAGCAUGGUUGAUCAGGCCACUUUGUAUGGGACGGUAGCCAUGGACCUCCAGCACCCGGCGGACCCCCCAGAGGACAGCAGUAAGCUGACCCUGCCUACAGAGAACGGGGCUGGGAGCAGACGACCCAGCAUCGCCCCCGUCCUGGAGAUAGCUGACUCCUCCUCCAUCCUGCCCUGCGACCUGCUCAGCGACCAAUCAGAGGACGAGACCAACCACUCAGACGAGGAGGGCUCGUCUGUGUCAGACUUUGUGAAAGGAUACCCUCCCAACUCCCCAUACAUUGGCAGCUCUCCAACCCUGUGCCAUCUCCUACCUCAGAAAGCCUCAUUCUGCUGCCUUCGCCUGGACAAGGGUUGCAGACACAACAGUUUUGAGGAUGCCAAGGCCUAUGGUUUUAAGAACAAGUUGAUCAUAGUAUCUGCAGAGACGGCAGGGAACGGCCUCUAUAACUUCAUCGUCCCUCUACGGGCCUACUACCGCCCCAGAAAAGAGCUCAACCCUAUCGUACUGCUACUAGACUACCCGCCUGACAACCACUUCCUAGAAGCCAUCUGCUGUUUCCCAAUGGUCUACUUCAUGGCUGGAACCAUAGAUAACCUGGACAAUCUGCUGCAGUGUGGCAUCAUCUAUGCUGAUAACCUGGUGGUGGUGGACAAGGAGAGCACCAUGAGUGCUGAGGAGGACUAUAUGGCAGAUGCCAAGACUAUCGUCAACGUACAGACCAUGUUCAGGCUGUUCCCCAGUCUCAGUAUCAUCACCGAGCUGACCCACCCCUCCAACAUGAGGUUUAUGCAGUUCAGGGCUAAGGACUGUUACUCCCUGGCUCUCUCCAAACUAGAGAAGAUAGAGCGUGAUAAGGGUUCCAACCUGGCCUUUAUGUUCCGCCUGCCGUUCGCUGCAGGCAGAGUGUUCAGUAUCAGUAUGCUGGAUACGUUGCUCUACCAGUCAUUUGUAAAGGACUAUAUGAUUCCCAUAGCAAGACUUUUACUAGGCCUGGAUACCACACCAGGGUCUGGUUACCUAUGUGCGAUGAAGGUGACAGAGGAGGACCUGUGGAUCAGGACGUAUGGCAGGUUAUUCCAAAAGCUGUGUUCUUCCAGUGCAGAGAUUCCUAUAGGCAUCUACCGUACAGAGUCACACAUGUUCUCCUCCUCUGAGUCUCAAGUAUCCAUCAACGUAGAGGACACUGGUGGUGACGACCAGAGAGACAACCGCCGCGAGAAGACAGCUCACCGGAACUCCACCACCAGCGACCAAUCAGAACAUCCGUUGCUGAGGAAGAAGAGCCUCCAGUGGGCGCGGCGUCUGAGCCGUAAGAACACCAAGCCACCGAGUCGCACCGAGCGGAUCUCCCAGCAGCGCCUCAACCUGUACCGGCGCUCCGAGAGACAGGAGCUGUCUGAGCUGGUCAAGAACCGCAUGAAGCACCUAGGCCUGCCCACUGUCGGAUACGAGGAUGUUGCUAAUCUUACUGCGAGCGAUGUCAUGAACCGAGUAAAUCUAGGAUAUUUACAAGAGUUGCAGGGAAUUUCAGAGCAUCUGUUAAGAGAGGAGACCAGAACAGGGGCAAACACAGGUGGGUUUGGAGAAGCAGAUGCACCUUACCCCCCAACCCCCAAGUUUGAGCCUCAUUCUGUCCCAGAUGAGAUGAACGACCACCAGAACACUCUGUCCUACGUUCUCAUCAACCCCCCUCCAGACACCAUGCUGGAGCUCAAUGACAUUGUGUACAUCAUCCGGUCCGACCCGCUGGCGGGGCCCGACGUGCCCGAGGACGCGGCCCAGGGUCAGAGCAGCGGCGGCGGCCGAAUGAGGCAGGACUUUGGCACAGAGACCAGGGAUGAGACCCACCUCUGAAAUCCCCUCGCCCCCCUGGCACCCUCGCCUCACCACCCCUCGACCUCUCGCCCCCUUGUCUCACCGACCUUGCACGAUACAUUCUAUGAUGUGCCAUACAAGGGGAAGACCCCCAGAUCCCCACUUGCCCACCCUUACCUUCCAAUCCCACUCCACCCUGUGUCAGACUUACAGAGAGACACGUGUCACUGAGCUGCUAUGGGAGGAUGCAUGAAGAGUGCCUCGUCAUUACCUAACCUAACCCCUUAGAGAGCAUCAGACACACAGACUCAGACAUGGCCCUCUGCAAAAGAUAAAACAUGAACAAUGCACCAGUCGAUGGAAACAUACUGGUAACCAACCAAAGGAGAGGAGAGAGAGAUGAUGUCAGAGGUCAUGUGAUCCUCUGACUAUUUAGAGGUUUGUUUGAUUUAGCUCGUCAGCACACUAGGUGGGUGGAGCUUACUUGCACUUUAGCACCAAUAGAAAGGUGCCAAAAGGGCAAACUCUGCCCAAAUGACACGCCUGCGAGCUAUACCAAACAUACUUGGCGUGUGUGUGUGUGUAGACUGUGAAUAUCAGUUGCAAAAUCAAGUCAUGUACAGUUUUGUACAGAAAUGGUUAUUGCUUAACAAGAAUUCCUGGCAGUAUUCAUACACAUCAAUCAUGAAAGUACAUGAGCACUUAUUAUUUUCCCUAUGAGCACAACCCACUGGGCCCAGACGUCAAUUCAACAUUUAUUCCACGUUGAUUCAACGUCAUUUCGUUGAAACGACGUGAUCACAGCGUUGAUUCAACCAGUGUGUGGCCAGUGGGAAGACUUUUAUAAGCAAUUCUUUUUUUUUUUACUGCUCCUUCUGUAUUUAAACAAACAUGUUGAAUAUCAUGCUAUUUGUUAUUAAAAAGUAUAGGAUAGUUAAUGGAUUGAUGAACCUUCAUAAAUUCCACCAUGCCCCUACAUCAUUAUAUUUGUGCCGUACAGUUAGUUUUUCUUCUUUAUGUAUCAGUCAAUGUUCUACGAAAGCCAAUGCUCAAUCAUUCCACAUUUCUGACAGGAUUUAUUAAUUACAGUACAUUACAGUAGAACGAUCCUUCACAGCUGUUUACAGUGGCAACCCUAUGUUAUGAACACUUGUUAUGAGUACUUAUUUUGCACAAUAAGAGACAGGCAUAGUUAAAGUGAUAGUUCACUCCAAAAUGAACAUUUGUUAUGUUUUCAGAUGUCAAAAGUGAUCUGAUGUUAAGAUGAGUUGGAGUGAACUAUUACUUGAAGUCUGUUGAUAUGGCCAGUACCUGGGCUUGGAGUGCAGUGUUGCAAGCUGGCUUCCAAUAUGUCCUUUCACUUGUACAGUAAAUGUAGUAUUGUGUGUGCUUUAUAUAUUUUAAUCAUUAUUUAAGAGAUUUAUCUGUUUUGUAUUUUAUUUCUGAUACUGUUUGCUUGGACUAAUAUGUGUGGUUAUAUCAUUGUAAAUACUCGAACACUUUUUAUCCUCAUUGUUUGGUUCAAUGUUCUUUUGGUUGUUAUUAGAGAAAUGAAAACAAAUAGGACUUGAAAUACUUUUGCACUAAGCUCUGUGGUCGUUAAUAGAGCGUUAUAGCAUGACCCUUUAACCCGGAACUUUAACUAUACAAUAAAUCAGACUUUAGUAUUCCUUGUGUUUUGGGAUGUAAUGUACUGCAAAGUGUCCCCAUUCCCAUUGAAGUACUGUAUGUAUGUGUAGAUCGAAUAUGUUCCAUGCUAGACAGGCCCCCAGAAGGGCAGUUUACAGAUCUGGAGGGCUAAAGAAGAGAGAAGUUGAUCACCAUUGACAUCUUCCAGUGACAUCACUUCCUGUGUCUUACCCCCAUCAUUGUUGUAUGUGAACGGAACCCCAAGGGAAUUCUCUUAUUGGAGAAGUACAGUAAAAAAAAUACAAAAUAAAAAAAUCUAUUGAAAUUCAUACUGUAAUAUAAAAAGGGGCAUGCAAAAACAAAAAGCAUGUUUUGAGAUAAAGCUUGCCAAACCAGAUAUGUUUUCCUUACAGUUAGAUAGGUGACAUGUGUGAAGUAUCACAAAUAGAAAAUGUUACUGAUGAUAUAAAAUAAUAAAAAAAUAAUAUGCCAUUUAGCAGACGCUUUUAUCCAAAGCGACUUACAGUCAUGCGUG